ACCAGCUCGUGUGUGUAACACGUGCACACCUGUGUGUGAUACAUGCACACCAGCUUGUGUGUGCGAUACAUGCACACCAGCUCAUGUGUGUGUGUGACACGUGCACACCUGCUGUGUGUGUGAUACAUGCACACCAGCUUGUGUGUGUGAUACAUACACAUCAGCUCGUGUGUGUGUGACACGUGCACACCUGCUGUGUGUGUAUAACUGUGAGUGUGUAAGACAUCAGUCCAGAACUAGCUGGGCGCAGCUUUGGCACUUUUCCUGCCUGGACGCGGUUAUUUACCACUCCAUUCUGCAUUAAAUGCUGCGGUUGCUGCUGCCACACUGGGCUGAGUGAGCCAGCGAAUUUCCUGGUGGCCUGCUCCAUGUGCCUGGCACAGUAGAGACUAGAAAUGUGCACAGUUAUUUCUGCCAUGACAACGUGAGCCCAAGACGGAGAGGCAUGGAGGUUGAUAACACUGUUGUUAGUGGGUUUGCAUUUGGAAAAAUCAACUCUGACCAAACCUCACUGCAAAAAGAGUGCCUAGUGAAUCAAAUGUCUAAAUACAAAAAGAAAACACUGAAAAGUUAGUAGAAAAUAUAAAACUUAUGUGGAGGAAUGGUAAUUUUCUUAAUUUCAAAAUUAUGAACGCCACAAAAAUGUCAACACGUUUGACUAGAGAAAAACUUAAAAAAUGUUCAGUGAUGAAAAAAAUUCACAACUAAAGCCAAAAUGAAAAGAUGCUGGUAGUAAAAGUCUGGUUAUAGGUGGUACAGAUGCCAGAGGCAGGGAUGUGUGCCCAUGACAUCCGAGCAGAGGGAGAGGAGGGCCUGGCUGCUCCCACCCACAGAAACGCUGCCCGUGAGCAGGAGCGAGCGAGAACAGUGCAGAGUGCGUGCCGCCCACCUGAAGUGAAGAUAAGAACCAGUGUUGAAAAAGUUGUGUUGAUAACCUUUUUGGGUAUUCAAAAAAUAUUUUUAAAAUUUAGAGUCAGUAAAAUUCACUCUUUUUGGUGUCCAGUUCCAGGACUUUUGACAAAGGCAGAGUCGUGUAAACACUCCCACAGCCAAGACGCAGACCAGCAGCCUCAGCUCUGCUCUCCAUCCCUGCGAUGCGCCUUUGCCAGAAGUCGCAGAAAUGGGAUUGUUCUGACAUAGCCUUUUAAGGCUGGCUCCUUUUAUGUAUGAUAGAAAAACACAUCUGGGGGUCGCCAUCCAAUGCCUGUCCACAGUUUACGGAAGUGAAGGGCAUCUGCAGUGUUUUCAGGUUUUGGUGAUUAUGGAUACGGCUGUCAUAAACAUUUGCAUACAAGUUUCUGCGUGAACGUAAGUUUUCAUUUCUCUUGAGGUGUGGGAUUCCUGGGUCGUAUGGUGUACUUUUAACUUUCCCAGACACUGCCAAGCUGUUUUCCACAGUGGCUGGUCAAGUUUUUCAUUCCCACCUUAAUAUAGGAGGGUCCCAGUUGUUCUGUGUGCCUGUUACCACCUGAUAUUGUCAGGUGUUUUUUUUCUUUUUUUGCGUUGGAAUAGAUGUGUCGUUGUUUUAAUUGGCAUUUCCCCAAAGGGUGAAAAUGUUGGGCAUCUUUUCAUGUGUUUAUUUGCUGCCUGUAUGUCUUCUUCCGUGAAGCAUCUGUUUAAAUUUUUGGCCCAUUUUGCUUUCGGGUUUUUCUUAUUCAGUGUUGAGGCUUCUUUACUCAGUCUUUUGUCAGAUAUCUGUGUAAUAUUCAAAUGUUUUCUUUCUCUCUUUGUUUCCCCUUUUGAUUCACCUUGAGGGUGUCCCUUGUACAACGAAAGUUUUAAUUUUGAUAAAGUGAAUUUGGAUUCAUUUUCUUUUCUUCUUUUUUGAGAUGGAGUCUCCCUCGGCCACACAGACUAGAGUGCAAUGGUGCAGUCUCUGCUGACUGCGACCUCUGCCUCCCGGGUUCAAGUGAUUCUCCUGCCUCAUCACUUGAAUCUGGGAGGCAGAGGUUGCAGUGAGCAGUGAUUCUCCUGGGAUUACAGGAGUGUGCCACCACACCCAGCUAAUUUUGUAUUUUUAGUACACAUGGAUUUUUGCCAUGUUGGCCAGGCUGGUCCUGAACUCCUGGCUUCAAGUGACCUGCCCGCCCCGGCCUCCCAAAGUGCUGGGAUUACAAGUGUGAGCCACUGUGCCUGGCUGAUUUUUUUUACUUCAUUUUCAACUGUUGCACAGCCUUUUAUUCUUGAGAUAAAUCCCACUUGGUCAUAAUGCAUCAUUUAUUUAUUUUAAUUUAUCAUAAUGUAUCAUUUAUCUGUAUCCCAGACAUUUUGAUAUGCUGUAUUUUCAUUUUUACUUAGUUCAAAAGGUUUUCUGAUUUUUCCUGACACUUCACUUUUGACCCAUGGAUUAUUUAGAGGUGAGUGCUUCAAAUACCUGGGGAUUCAGCAGACAUCUUAGAUUUAUUGCAAUAUGAAUUACACACCACAGUUCGUCAGUUUUUUCGCUUGUGGAUGAUGCCUUGGGGUCACAACUAACAAGUGUUUGCCUAAUCCACGGUCACAGAUAUUUCUCUCGUAUUUUAUCCUAAAAUCUCAAUCUUUGUGUCAAUUUUUGUAGAAAAUGUGAAUUAUGAAUAGUUUUAUCUGCAUACAGACGUACAGUUGUUCCAGCGCCAUUUGUUGAAAAGACUGUCACUCCCACUGAACCAACUUUGCACCUUUAAAACAACCAGUAUCCUAUAGUUGUAUGGGUCUACUUCUGGUCUCCAUAUGUUUCGUUUCCUUACGGGUUCAUUCAUUUACCAAUUCAGCAGGGCCUCGGUGCUGUAGCGUUAUGGGAAACCUUGAAAUCAGGCAGUGCAAGCCCGUUAGCUUUGUUAUUCUUACUCAGAUUUAUGUAGAAUACCCUAGUUCCUUUGCCAUUCCGUAGAAAGGUUAGAACCAGCUCACUGGUGUCUAUGAAAAACCCUGCUAGAAUUUUGGGUGGGACUGUGUUACAUCUGCAGGUCACUUUGGGGAGAGCAGGCAUCUUAAUUAACUGUCUGUGGCUUCCAUGUGGCCCAGUCGAUGAACCUGCUGUGUUGUCUGCAUGUUUUUGAUUUAUUUUAUCAGGGGUUUAUAGAUUUCCACAUACAGAUCUUGCACAUACGCUGUUAGAUUUACCCCUCAUGGUUCAUUAUUAAGUGCUAUUGUAAAUGGCACUUGAAGCAAUUUCGUUCUUAGGGCGUAGAAGCAAAAUGGCUUUUUCUGUUCUGAUCUUGCAUUCUGUGAGCUUCUAAACUCAGUUAUUAAUUCCAGGAGUUUUUCUGUAGUUUCCUUGAGAUUUCCUACUUAAUUAUUUUGUCUGGGAAUAAAACGUUUAAUUCCUGACUUUCCAAUCUGUACGUUUUCAUUUUUUCCUCCCUGUUUUGUGCUGUUUGGGACUUCCGCUAAGACUGAUGAGUGAUGAGUGGCUGUCCUUGCCUCGUUCCUUAUUUUAUGUGGGAGCGUUCCGGCUUCCACCAUCGGGAUGUCGGCUGUAGAUUUUUGUAGUCGCUCUUUGUCGGACUGAGUUCGUUCCCUUCUGUUCCUUGGUUGCUGACGGGUUUUUCUCAGAAGUCCACGGUGAACUUUGUCAAGUGCCUUCCUCACAUCUGUUGAGAUGUCCAUUGCUUUUUCUUUUUCAGUCUGCUGGUGUGUUGAAUGACGUUGAUUCAUUUUCAGUUCUGCUGAAAUUGCUUUCGAUUGCUGCCCAGACUUUCAUUCCUGGGCUCAUUCCCACUCGGUAGCAUUGGAUCAUUUUCUUUAUUCAAAAAAGGACUUAUUGCAGUAUAAGUUACAUACCAUAAAACUCACCCAUUUAGGUGUCCAAGUCAAUGAUUUUUGAAGUAAAGGUAUUGAGUCACACGUCAUUGCCUCAGUCCAGCUUUAGAACAUGUAAUACUGGACUUGGUUUGCUCAUAUUUUGUCAAAGAUUCUUACAUCUCUGUUCAUCACGGAUAAUAUCUCUUUUCCUUGUAAUAUUUCUGUCUGCUUUUAGUAUUAGAGUAACGAUGGCUCAUAAAAUAGGUAAGAAUUAUUCUAUCUUGUCAUAUUUUCUGGAAGAGAUUGUGUGAAAUUGGUAUUUCCUUUCUAAAUAUGUGAUUAGAAUUAACCAGUGAAACAAUGUGGGCUGAUUUUUGGAAGGUUUUUAGCUAAGCAUUCAAGUUUGUAAUAGAUAUGGGACUAUUCAGGAAACAUAUUUUUUCUUUAGUGACUUUUGUUAGUUUGCUUCUUUUAAGGAAUUGGUGUAUUUCUUCUAAGGUGUCAAAUUUAUGGGCACAGAAUCGUUCCUGGUAUUUCCUUACUACUUUUAAGUGUCUGUAGACUCUGAAGCGAUUUCAUCUUCUUAAUUUCUGAUGUUGGUAAUUUGCGUCUCCUCUCUCUUUUUUUUUUUUUCUGUUCAACAUUCUGGCUAAAGAUAUGUCCACUUUAUAGAUCUUCCUUAAGAACUGGUUAUGUCUCAUCAGUUUUCUCUAUUCUAUGGUUUUCAGGGUUACAAACCUCUGCUCUUAUGCUUAUUAUUUACUCUCUUGUACUUGCUCUUGUUUUUCUAGUUGUUUAAAGGAGGAAGUUAAAUUAUUGAUUUGAGAAGUUUCUUCUUUUUGAAUAUAAUUAUUUAAUGCUAUGAAUUUUCUACUAACCCUGCUUUAUCUGUGCCCCACACAUUUUGAUAUGCUGUAUUUUCAUUUUUACUUAGUUCGAAAGGUUUUCUGAUUUUCCCUAACGCUUCACUUUUGGCCCAUGGAUUAUUUGGAGGCGAGUGGUUUAAUUUUCAAAUAUUUGGGGGAUUCAUCAGAUUUUUUUUUGUUAUUGAGUUUAAUUCUGAUAGGAUCAGAGAACACACUUUAUACAAUUUCUAUUUCUAAAAAUGUGUUUUUUAACUUUUGUUAAGACUUAUUUUGUGGCCUAGAGGAUGUUCUCUGCUGGCGAACGUUUUAUGUACACUUGCAAGGAAGCGUAUUCUGAUGUCGUUAGUGAAUGAUUUGACCAAAUUAAGCCAAAUUGAGUGGCUGUGUGGUCAGGUUUUCUGUAUUCCAGCUGCACGAACAUUCACGUGGAGAUCUGUGUGUGGACAUAUGUUUACGUCGCUCUUAGAUAUGUACUUAAGAGUGGACUUGCUCUUCCUGGCCUCAAGUGGUGUCUUCUGGAAAUCUCCGUUGAACAUUUUGACAAACGGCCAAACUUUCUCAAAGCAGUUGCGCCAUUUUCCAGUCUAUCAGCAAAACCCGAGAGUUCCCAUUUCUCCACAUCCUCACCACUUUUUCAUUUUUUAAAGACAGAGUCUUGCUCUGUUGCCCAGGCUGGAAUGCGGUGGUGCCAUCUCAGCUCACUGCAACCUCUGCCUCCCGGGUUCAAGUGAUUCUCCUGCCUCAGCCUUAUAAGUAGCUGGGAUUACAGGUGGGUGACACCACGCCCGGUAGUUUUUGUAUUUUUAAUAGAGAUGGGGUUUCACCAUGUUGGCCAGACUAGUCUCGAACUCCUGACCUCAGGUGAUCUGCCUGCCUCAGCCUUCCAAAGUGCUACGAUUACACUGCACCUAGCCUGUUUCGUUUUUAUAACUUCUGUUUCUUUGCUGAGAUUUCUAUUUUUCCAUUUAUUUCAAGAGGAUUUGUCUUCCUAGUGCUGGCUUCAGUCGACUGUCUCUUACUGAAAUGCUGGUGUCCCUGGGUCUUCUUGUGAUGAGUGAUUCUUAACUCUUAUCUUCUUUCACGGGCUUUAGUUCCAAUGACAGUUCAGUUCUUGCAAAGCUCUUCUGUGUCAUUCUUCUGGUGCUGCUGGGACUCCCACUGAAACCUAACCCUACCCCUAACUCUGUUAGUGCCACCUGCCGGCGCCGAAGACGCCUUCCUGGCUGUCUGGUGUCGCUGCCUUCUGUGGUGGUAGCACAGCUCGGCCGACGGGCCCAGGUGGAGGGCAGAGACGCAGGGCUUCUCUGAGGCCCUGCGAUGAGCAGGUUGGACCACCUGCCUGAUGGCUGGGUCUAGUCCCAUCAGCAGCUAUCAGUGUGGGAGGAAACCCACAGCCUCCACCCUCCCCAUGUCUGGUGAUGCUCAGGCUGGCAAGGCAUUGGCUGCUCUGCUCACCGCUGAGAGGCGGAGAUGCUGAUUCGCUCUGGAAAGACUGUGACUGGCCCCAUUGGCCCCAGGAGGUCCUUGGCAGCUCCCACCUCUGUAUAUGUGACUCUGGGCUGUGACCUCCGCCAUUGCCCCAGCUAAGCAGUGAGAGCUUGCUGAAGUCCAGAAGGCUGUGGGACCAUGAGGGCAGCUCUCUGGAUCCUGGGACUUGGGCCUCUUCUUCUCAAUCUCUGGGCAGUCCCCACUGGUGGACCAGGUGCUCUGAGGCUGGCGUACAGACCCAGCACAUGCGACGGAGUGGUGAUGGUCCGACACCAAGGGACGUGGGGACAUGUGUGCAGCCAGGACUGGUCGCUGGCAGAGGCCUCUGUGGUGUGCAGGCAACUGGGCUGCGGCUCUGCCGUGGGCGCCCCCAAGUACGUCCCGCUGCCUGGAGAGAUGGCCCCGCCCUGGCUCCACAACGUGUCCUGCCAGGGCAAUGAGCCCUCUCUCUGGGAGUGCAGCCUUGGCUCAUGGAGCCAGAGCCCAUGCCCCCACGCAUGGGUGGUGGUCGCUCUGUGCUCCAAUGGCACUUUUCGGGAGCUUCGGCUGGUGCAGGGCCAGAGUCCCUGCGCAGGACUCCCCGAGAUCAGAAACGUGAAUGGGGUGGACCGCCUCUGUGGCCUGCAUGUGGAGGAGGCCAUGGUGUUCUGCCGGGAGCUGGGGUGUGGCCCUGUGCUCCAGGCCCCCCGCCGGGAUGUGGGCGUCGUCACAAAGUACCUGGCCUGCAAGGGUACCGAGCCCACCAUCUGCAGCUGCAGACUGGACAACAACUUCCGCAGCGGCUGCGACCCACGGCUGGACGCAGAGGUGGUCUGCUCAGGACACACCGAAGCCCGGCUGGUGGGCGGUGAGCACCCCUGCACCGGGCGCCUGGAGGUGAGGCGGGGCCUGACGUGGGGCACUGUCUGCGACAUGGACCUGGACUUGGCCACAGCCCACGUAGUGUGCCGAGAGCUGCAGUGUGGGGUGGCCGUGUCCACACCUGGGGGCGCCCGCUUUGGCCAGGGCUCCGGGCCGGUGUGGACAGAGGCCUUCCACUGUGCGGGCAAUGAGUCACUGCUGUUCUACUGCCCACGGGGGCGCGGGAGCCAGUGUGGGACCGGCCACAACGCGGGGCUCAGGUGCUCAGAGUUCAGGCUGGUCAACGGCAGCAGCAGCUGUGAGGGCCGCGUGGAGCUCCAGGUGCAGGGGUCCUGGGCGCCCCUCUGUGCCACCCACUGGGACAUAGCAGACGCCACCGUCCUCUGCCACCAGCUCAACUGUGGCAACGCGGUGGCCGCACCUCGAGGAGGCCAUUUUGGGGGCGGGGACGCUGCCAUCUGGCCUGACGCAUUUCACUGUGAGGGGACAGAGUCCUACUUGUGGAAUUGCCCAGUAAGCACCCUGGGGGCCCCGGCCUGUGGCCCGGGAAACUCAGCCUCCACAGUGUGCUCAGGUCUCCCCCACGCCCUGAGGCUGAGGGAAGGACAGAGCCGCUGUGACGGCCGCGUGGAGGUCUCCCUGGACGGCGUGUGGGGCCGCGUCCUGGACGACGCCUGGGACCUGCGCGGCGCGGGCGUGGUGUGCCGGCAGCUGGGGUGCGGAGGGGCCCAGAGAGCCUACGACGCGCCUGCCCCCAGCCGCGGGUCCGUCCAGGUGGCGCUGAGCCGCGCGCGCUGUGUGGGCACCGAGACCCGCCUGACCCAGUGCAACGUGUCCGCGACGCUGCGGGAGCCCGCGGGGACCUCGCGGGACGCCGGCGUGGUGUGCUCGGGUGAGGGUGGAACCGCGUCCCCCUUGGGCCGUGGCCGCGCGGCGCGGGGCGCCCUGACUCUGUCUCUCCGCAGGGAGCCUCGGGGUGCGGCUGGCCGCGGGGCCGGGGCGUGUGCGGGGCGCGUGGAGGUGCUGCGCGGGGGCGCGUGGGGCACCGUGUGUGACGACGCCUGGGACCUGCGGGACGCGCACGUGGUCUGCAGGCAGCUGGGCUGUGGCCGCGCCCUGAGCGCCCCGGGGGCCGCGCACUUCGGAGCCGGGGCAGGGCGCAUCUGGCUGGACGAGCUGGGCUGCCAGGGCCACGAGUCUGCGCUGUGGCAGUGCCCGUCGGCGGGCUGGGGCCAGCAUGACUGCAGCCACAAGGAGGACGCCGGCGUCUUCUGCUCAGAAUCAGUGGCUCUGAGGCUUCGAGGUGGGACCUGCUGCUGUGCUGGGUGGCUGGACGUGUUCUACAAUGGGACCUGGGGUGCCGUGUGCAGCAAUGCCCUGAAGGACUUCUCCUUGUCCAUCAUCUGCAAGCCUGGGGUGUGGGGAGUGGGGCUGGCUGGAGAACAAGCCCUUCCCCUCCGCUGGUGCCAGCAUGGGCACUGCCUGGGUAGACAAUAUCGAGUGUCGCAGGCUGCCCAACUCCACUCUGUGGCAGUGCCCUUCCCGCCCGUGGCACCCACACUCCUGUGACCUUCAAGAGCAGGAUUGUCAGAGGACAGGCCACAGGCUGCUGGGGAGACCCUCAACUGCUCCUCCUCGCUCAGCUGCCCAGAGGAGGGCGCAGUGCGCUUGCGCGGGGGCCAGGACCGCUGCUCUGGGCGCGUGGAGCUCUGGCACGCGGGCUCCUGGGGCACCGUGUGCGAUGACGCCUGGGACCUGGCGGACGCGGAGGUGGUGUGCCGCCAGCUGGGCUGUGGUCCCGCCGUCGCCGCCCUGGGGGCCGCCGCCUUUGGCCCUGGCUCCGGGCCGGUGUGGCUGGAUGAGGUGGGGUGCCGGGGCAGCGAGGGGUCCCUGUGGGGCUGCGCUGCGGAGCGGUGGGGACGCGGAGACUGCGCGCACAAGGAGGAUGCGGGCGUGCGCUGCUUGGGUUGUGGCAUGUCAGAGCACCUGUCCUCAGAGGGUAUCUAUGAGGACAUCGGAGCCUUCCCCAUGGAGCAGAAAGAUGAGGGACCUGCAGUGUCUGGGGACCUGGGCCUGGAAGAGACCUAUGACGAUGCAGGAGAGCCUGAGGAUGCUGCUGGGGAGGAGGCAGAGGAGGCCGGGGUGCUGCUGAGCCCCACAGGCGGGGGUCCCGAAGCUGAGGCUGGGAUGGAAGACGGUGGUGGCCUCUGCCCCAGGACAUGACCUGAAGCUGACGGUGGGGAUGUCAGAGUGUUGAGCGAUCGGAUAAACCCGGGGGGCUGGGGCCUUCACUGGCCUCACUCUCAACACAGAUGUUAUUAAACUCCCUUUGAACUCA